AAAUUUAGAAAGAGCGACCAGUAGGAAACAGUCCACUUAAACCCGGCCAGACACGUAACAAUAUGGACACUCGUCCCAGAAUUUUGGUAUGUGCUCCGUCCGAUACAGCUGUGGAUUUGUUGGUGCUGAACGUAGCCAAGAUAUGUUUGGCAGAGAAGAACCAUGAUGAUGAUUCAAGAUUCAACUGUGGUUUAUACAAUAUUGUACGUUUAGGUAAUAAUAUGCAUAAAAAGUGUUUGCAGUACCAGCUCAAAACCAAAGUAGACAAACAAAUGCAACAAGCAGGUAAGAAUGGAGAAAAUGUUGAUGCUGAAAAAAUGAGAAAAGAAAUUUCCAAUUGCCAAAAGGCACUUCAAAGAGCAGAAUUACACUGUGGAAAUUUAAAGAUCAACCAUAAAGCAAGUCAGAUUGAGCUUAAACAAGCAGAGGAAGAGAGAGAACAUCUACAUAAACAAUUAAAAGACUUAAAGAAGAAAGAAGAUGAGAUACAUGUCUCAGUUAGUAGUAAAAGUAGGCAAGAAUCGGUACUUCAGCAUGCUGACGUCGUUUUUUGUACGUUGAACGCCAGUGGCUUUAACCAUCUGGAUUUGCUUUACACAAAUAAACAGCCAAAUUUCAAAUACGUGAUUGUUGACGAGGCAUGCCAGUGCACUGAAGUAGACACACUGAUUCCACUAAAGUUUAAAGGGUUGAAGCUGUUGCUCGUAGGAGACCCACAUCAGCUCCAGGCAACAGUUGUAUCAGAGAAAGCAAAGGAGUUGGGCUUUCAACAGUCUAUGUUUGAACGUAUGUACAAAUACUUCAAAACUCUGAAUUUACCAGUCAACCCUGUGCACCUGUUGAGGACUCAGUAUCGAAUGCACCCAGAAAUCUGCAGCUUUCCCUCAAAGUACUUCUACAACAACGAACUAGAAACUUAUCUACCAGUUGAAACAAUAUACAAUUCGUUUCCGUUUAAACCUUACUUAGUAUUUGACAUCAUAGAAGAUGGAGGGCAGACAGUUGACAAGGAUAUUACAAACGAAGCAGAAUCUGAAAUGGUAUUAGCAUUAGUCUCACUGCUGGUUACUUUUGACAAGUUAAGCAUUGGCAUAAUAACACCAUGUAAGCAACAGAAUAUUUUGCUGGAGGACAAAUUUAAAAGAUUUGGUGUUAAUAUUGGAGAAAAAAUUGAGGUUUCCACUGUAGAUGGGUUUCAAGGACAAGGAAAAGAUGUCAUUAUUUUGUCUUGUGUCGGAGCAAGAGGCAGCAGCAUUGG